CAGGGGUGGGGAAGCGAUCCCCGCAGCUCAAUGACAAAUCGGCCGGGGACUGCCGGCCGGGGUCCGGCGGGGGCGGAGGCCCGGGGGCGGGCGGGGCGGGCUUAAGAGCGGCGUGCGGGUGGCGCCCGGCCGAGGCGGCGCUGGACGUGUCCCAGCUCUUCACCUGGGUCUUCUGUCCCCUGUCGCAACCUCAGCAAACCAGCAGGAUGGCUGCAAACAAGAGUAAGAGCCAGAGCUCCCUGGCCCUGCACAAGGUGAUCAUGGUCGGCAGUGGAGGGGUCGGCAAGUCGGCCCUGACGCUUCAGUUCAUGUACGAUGAGUUUGUGGAAGACUACGAACCCACCAAGGCGGACAGCUACAGGAAGAAGGUGGUUCUCGAUGGAGAAGAAGUGCAGAUCGACAUCCUGGACACGGCGGGGCAGGAGGACUAUGCGGCCAUCCGCGACAACUACUUCCGGAGCGGCGAGGGCUUCCUCCUCGUGUUCUCCAUCACGGAGCACGAGUCCUUCACGGCCACGGCCGAGUUCAGGGAGCAGAUCCUCCGUGUGAAGGCCGAGGAGGAUAAAAUCCCGCUGCUCGUGGUGGGGAACAAGUCGGACUUGGAGGAGCGGCGGCAGGUGCCGGUGGAGGAGGCGCGGGGCAAGGCCGAGGCGUGGGGCGUGCAGUACGUGGAGACCUCGGCCAAGACGCGGGCCAACGUGGACAAGGUGUUCUUUGAUCUAAUGAGAGAAAUCAGAGCAAAGAAGAUGUCUGAAAACAAGGACAAGAAUGGCAAGAAAAGCAGCAAGAACAAGAAAAGUUUUAAGGAGAGAUGCUGCUUGCUGUGAAGAGCUGUUGCCGUGGCGGCGGGCGGAGUCAGUUGCCAUGAGGACACAGGGCGUCGUUGAGGGAAGACUGUAGUCUACUGUGUGCUCCCUGCUCACCCGCCCUCUUCACGCAGACUUCUUCAAUGGGGAAAACACUGGCGAGUCAGCCCUGGCAGAGAAAUAAGCCCUUGACCUUGUGUGGACUGGCCACGGGGUCAGGAGGCUUUGCCGUUCCCUCCUCCCUCUUCCCCUCCUUCCCUCUCUCCCUGCCUCCCUCCCUGGAGUUUAACUAAGUAUGUAGUGUGAGAGGUAGGAAAUAGUUCAAUGUUAAUUAAAAAGGAAGAGCACUGUCAUAGGUGUCUUAUCUUCCCCCCACCCCCAUUACAUAACAUUAGCGCCUUUUGUUUUGAAAUAAAAAUGUCUUAUUUUAUUAGGUUUUGGGAGAAGAGAUGGGAUAAGACUCCCCCAGCCCUUGUCGGCUUAACAGUAGUACCCCCAAAAUCCAGGAAACUCUAAUGAUGCUUAAAACCCAGAUUUUGGGGGGAUAUGUUUCUUGGCAAUACCCAGUGGAUUCGCAGUGUCGCUAACAAACCUGAGUUCGCCCGCAGGGGUCAGUGCGGAGCUCCUAACCCCUCACAGGCGGGAAAGGAAAGCUGUAUUCCUCGUAUUGUGUACCAGCCAGUGGUCGUCUGUGCUGGCUGUCCUCCCUGUGGCCUCCUGGCAGGUAGAGCUUCUUUUUAACGGACUGAGUGAAGAGUCAGGAGUGGGAUACUUUACGAAUCAUGCACUUUUCUCAUCAGAUUUUAAGACAUUCUUUGGCUAACUCCUCUCGUAAUUGCCAGCCCAGCGGUUAGGCUCCUUGUCUCCACUGGCGAUGCCACAUUGUCUUCCAGCCGCUCCCUCUGCACAAGGGAGACCCGCAGGGCCCGGAGGCCGGGCGCCAGAGUACCACUGCCUUCGGCCCAGGAAGCCAGGCCCCGGCUCCUGAUAAUUCUGAAUUUAAAGUUGGAAUUAGUCGGGAAGGAUAAGCCAUUACUCUUUUACCUCUGAGAACUGGCUGCUGUUUCUAAUUUUUUUUUUUUUUUUUCUGAGACAGCUAUAUGCUUAGAAAAAUUUUUUAUUGGUGCGAUAUUGUUAAUCUUUCUUAAAUAUCCUGCGUUCAACAUUCAGAAAAUUUUCAUCAGGAAAGGAGUACUGUGGUAAAAGCCCAGUACUCACAUUUUCCCCAUUUUUCAGAAGUGACAUUUCACACACAGGUGCCAAAAGUGAAUUGGGGUCGGGGAGCAGGAACCUUUCAAGCUCAUGGUUAUAUAGAAUUUGUGGAAAUUAUGGUUUGACUGGAAAACAAUCUUGUAUACUUCCCAAAGAAUCAUGGACUUUUGAAUAAAAAAAGCAGAUAAAU